CGCCUUCCUGGAGGAGUCCAUGGACACGGAAGCAGAGCUGCAGUUUCGCCCGCGGAUGGGGAAGGCGGCCUCAGCCCCUCUCUUGCCAGAAGUGGAGACCUACCUCCAGCUGCUUCUCGUCAUCUACCUGAUGAACAGCAAGCGAUACCCGGAGGCUCAGAAAGUGUCCGACGACCUGAUGCAGAAGAUCAGUUCCCAAAACCGCCGGGCCCUUGACCUGGUGGUGGCAAAAUGUUAUUACUACCACUCCCGCAUCUACGAAUUCCUGAAUAAACUCGACGUGGUCAGGAGCUUCCUGCACGCCCGGCUACGGACGGCCACGCUGCGCCACGAUGCGGACGGGCAGGCCACCCUCCUGAACCUGCUGCUGAGGAACUAUCUCCACUACAACCUCUAUGACCAAGCAGAAAAGCUCGUCUCCAAGUCCGUGUUUCCCGAGCAGGCCAACAACAACGAGUGGGCUCGGUACCUCUAUUACACAGGGCGCAUCAAGGCCAUCCAGCUGGAGUACUCGGAGGCACGGAGGACCAUGACGAACGCCCUGCGGAAGGCACCGCAGCACACGGCCGUCGGCUUCAAGCAGACGGUGCACAAGCUGCUCAUCGUGGUGGAACUGCUGCUCGGGGAGAUCCCGGACAGGCUCCAGUUCAGACAACCCUCCCUCAAGCGGUCGCUCAUGCCCUACUUCCUCCUGACUCAGGCCGUCAGGACCGGGAACCUGGCCAAGUUCAACCAAGUCCUCGAUCAGUUUGGGGACAAGUUCCAGGCCGACGGCACCUACACCCUGAUCAUUCGUCUGAGGCACAACGUCAUCAAGACGGGUGUCCGUAUGAUCAGCCUCUCCUAUUCCCGCAUCUCCCUGGCCGAUAUUGCCCAGAAGCUGCAGCUGGACAGUCCGGAGGAUGCGGAGUUCAUUGUCGCCAAGGCCAUUCGGGACGGCGUGAUCGAGGCCAGCAUUAACCACGAGAAGGGCUACGUCCAGUCGAAGGAAAUGAUCGAUAUCUACUCCACCCGGGAGCCCCAGCUGGCGUUUCACCAGCGCAUCUCUUUCUGCCUCGACAUCCACAACAUGUCCGUCAAGGCCAUGAGGUUCCCACCCAAAUCUUACAACAAGGACUUGGAAUCUGCAGAGGAGCGCCGGGAGCGCGAGCAGCAGGACCUGGAGUUCGCAAAGGAGAUGGCAGAGGACGAUGACGAUGGUUUUCCGUGACCCUCUGGCCUGGCUCUAUUUUUUUUUUUUUAUUUGUCCCUAGGGAAGAUGCUGUCUCAGCGGAGCUCCCUCUCGCAGCCCCCGUCCGCCUUUCUUUUAUAAACGCCUGCAUGUCUGUACGGUGGGAGGGGGACAGGGGGGUUCCCUGGGCCCGCAGCCGCAGGCCCUGCUCUGCCGCACCCCUGCCGCCCGCGGCGGGAACCCCCUUGCCCAAUAAACAAACAUUCUUUUAAGGUUGCUUGUGGUCACGGUCGUUGCUGCGCC